AUGUCAGAGGCAGAGGCCGUGCGUGUGAUCGGCCUAUGGGCGAGCCCGUUCGUGAUCCGCGUCCUCAUCGCGCUGAAGCUGAAGGGCGUCAAGUACGAGCUCGUGGAGGAGGUGGUGGGCAAGAAGAGCGAGCUGCUGCUCAGGUCGAACCCGGUGCACAAGAAGAUCCCCGUCCUGCUCCACCACGGCAAGCCCAUCUCCGAGUCUCUCAUCAUCGUCCAGUACAUCGACGAGGUCUGGUCCUCCGACGCGCCGGCCUUCCUCCACGCCGACCCUUACACCCGUGCGGUCCAGCGGUUCUGGGCACAGUACGUCGAUGACAAGGGAACGGAUGACGGGGGCAAGGACCAAGCGGCGGAGCAGCUGUCCGCCGCCCUGCAGCUCUUGGAGGAGGCUUUCGUGAAGCUCAGCCAGGGGAAGCACUACUUCGGCGGCGACAGCGUCGGGUACCUGGACAUCGCUCUGGUGUCGUAUGUCGGCUGGGUGAAGGCGGUGGAGAAGAUCGCCGGGGUCACUCUCCUGGACAAGGCGAAGGUUCCGAACCUGGUGGCGUGGGCCGAUCGGCUCUGCACCCACCCGGCCGUGGUGGACGCGAUCCCUGACGCGGACAAGUUCGUUGAGUUCAGCGUCACCUAUGGGUCGUUCUCAAAGCCUAUCAUCAAUGGUCCCAAGUGA